AUGGCAUUGAUGAACUUCGAUACACUCCAGCUCGUAACGCAAAAUGCCAGCUUCACCCCAGACAUCAUCUUGCGAGUCAGCGUCGACACCGUCCAGCUCAACUGCCAGCCUCGCCUUUCGACGUUGGUCAAUGGAACGUAUCCGGCACCUCCGAUAUAUCUCGAGUCUGAGCAAACGACAUGGAUUCGGGUGUACAACGACGCAGACGCGAAUACGACAAUGCACUGGCAUGGCCUUGCGCUGGCUGCAGCACCUUAUGCUGAUGGAUCCCCGCUGGCUUCACAGUGGCCCAUCCCUCCUGGAUGUUUCUAUGAUUACGAACUCCAUCCUAGUGCCAGUGAAGCCGGAACGUCCUUCUACCAUUCGCACGUGGGCUUCCAAGCGAUCACUGCUACCGGAGCCUUAAUCGUCAAGGACGCUGUGCCUCCGCCAUAUGCCUACGACGAAGAGAUCAUUAUGAAGGUUGGAGACUUUUACCCUGAGGACGACCAUACAAUUGAAUCACAACUGACAGGAGUUCCCUGGGUAUGGACGGGGGAUCCGACGUCCUUGUUGAUCAACGGACAAAGUGGAACAGCACCAAACUCUUCCAAUCCAGCACCGUCAGACCAGUCGUGUCAUCCUUGGGUUAUGAAUGUCGAGGCAGGCAAGACGUAUCGAGUACGUGUCAUCGGCAGCACUGCGUUGUCUCUGGUGCUGUUUGGCCUUGAGCACCACGACAACCUGACUAUCAUCGAAACGGACAACUCUUACGUCUAUCCAGUACAGACACCGUACAUUCAGGUCGACACAGGCCAAAGAUUCAGUUUCUUGUUGCAGACGAAGUCGCCAAGUGAGCUACAGGGUCUAGACGGACCGACAAAAUUCUGGAUUCAGUUUGAGACCCGGCAAGGCCAGAAUACGGUCUACGGUUGGGCCAUUCUCAACUACACUGACGUAGAACUUUCAACUUCGCAAGGACAGGAUUAUAACCAGGCCCAGAGUUGCUAUUAUCCGACAUCGAACUCCUCAUGUCCAGAUUUCCUGCCCGUGGCACCAGUACUUGAUUUGCCAACCAAUGUCACAGAUUGGCUGGAGUAUACUUUUCGGAAUCCUCCUUUAGAAGGAUAUGAAGCCCCUCCCAACACAACAGAAGUCACACGCCGCAUCAUCAUUUCUACCUCGCAGUUCCUCGAGAGCUUCACGGGCAACACAGUUAUGAUCUCAAACAAUGAAUCCUGGAGUGACAGCCCUCUUCUCGGGCCAACAACGGAUACGCCGUACCUCGUUGAAAUCCUUCAAAAUGCGAGCAUCAACGGUGCCACUCCGAGCUACGACCGUGCCAUUGCCAGCGGAGGCUUUGACCCUGUCUCACACACAUAUCCCGCGCAAAUCGGCGAGGUCAUUGAACUUGUUUGGCAGAACGCUGCUUCGUACCCUGCGGGAAUCUACGGUCCGCAUCCCAUGCAUGCUCACGGUGGACCGUAUUGGGACAUGGGGUCCGGUCCAGGAGAAUACUCGCCGGAAGCACACGCAGCACUCUUGGAAUCUUCUUCUCCGGACAACGCCCCUUACCCUGGCUCACGGCGGGACACGACCAUUUUGUACAAAUACACGCUGCAAUCCCCCGAGCCCGGAGAGGUGAAUGGCUGGAGGGUAUGGCGCAUACGGGUCACGGAGAGGAACAUAGGAGUGUGGAUGAUGCACUGCCACAUCCUGCAACAUAUCGUCAUGGGGCAGUCGACCGUGUGGGUAUUCGGGACGCCGGAGGAGAUCAUCCAGAAUUCGAUGCCGGUAGAAGGUAAUUUGGUGGGAUAUUUUACUUAUGGCGGUGAUGUCGUGGGCAAGGCGGGAGAAGAAGAAGAAGUGGGUAGUCGUGCUAUGCAAUUCUUCAGGGAUGGACGAAAGAUGAGAUCGAGCAAUGAAGGGAAGCUGCUGUAA